AUGGCUCGUGAGAUCGCACGUCAGUGGUUCAUAUCUGGAGACGGCAUUGAUAGACAUGUCAUAUCUGCGGACAUCCAGCGCUACCUGGGGAACGAUGCCACGGUACGACCAGGUGUCGGUAACGGCGACAAUGAAGUCAGUGACAUGGCGAGCGGCGUCCACGGCUACUGGAUCAAAGCGUAUAGGAAUCUCACAACGGCUAUGCUUGCAGACCUGCGUGCAGACUCAUUAAGAUGGAGACAAGAGUCGAGAGCGACCGGAGGAAGAGGUAGCCACAGUCCAGCAUCACUCAAAAUGGCAGGGAUCUCAGUACCUGACCAGAUCACAGAAUCUUAUGUAGGAUCAGAGACUUAUAACCUGUCCAGUGCAGGGAGGCAACCCGACCGCCGCCAUGGCGAGUCUCCAGUUGUGGACGGUCGAUAUGGGGCAGCGCAGCCGCGUGCAGGAGAACGGGAGCGAACACUGCCUGGUCGCGCACCUGUGGAAAGGAUGAACGCCGAUCGUAUGGACAUUGAUCCGCCUGCAGCCCAGCCAGAUCGGAGGUAUGGUCAGCCCGACCGUGGACACCAGCCGGAUCCCCGAGGUGCAUAUCCAGCCGAUGCCAGAGGUUUUCCCGUAGACGCGCGAGGCUAUCCGAUAGAUCCUAGGACAGGCGUGGACCCAAGGACAGGCGUAGAUCCAAGGACCGGCUAUCCCAUUGAUCAGUCUGCUGCCGCUGCUGCAUAUGGUCGUGCUCCAGUGACGUCCUAUGCUCAGCAAGAUCCACGGUAUGCUUCGGCCUACCCACCGACUAACGGUCCACCACCUGGUUUUGUCAGAGAGGGCAACUUUUACGUGCCGAUCUCAACGUAUGAGACGGCACCUGCUAUGACAGCGGGUAGGUCAGACAUGCCACAGUAUGCUGGAGCACCAUAUGGACAACCUCCUCAGGGUAGAGACAUCCGUGACCCGAGACAAGUUGGCCAGAUGGAUUAUGCCGAUCCCAGGGCGGACCCGAGAAACGACCCAAGUGGUUAUCCUAUGAGCGGUACGACUUAUGAUCAGUACGGCCGACCUGUUAUGCAAAACCCAGGCCAGCCGGAGAGAUCAAUGCCCACUGCUCGGGAUGGCCGGGAUGCGCGAGAUCCCGGGUACGGUCGAGAGCGGGAACGUGAACGCGAGCGCGACCGUGAUCGCGAGCGUGAGAGGCCAAGCACCAAUGCUGGAGGCGGAGAGAGCCAUCGGACCAACCGUCGCCGCAUAGGAUGA